AGUGGCGACCAAGUUUCCGUUUCCGUGUCCGGAAUCGUUUGACUGUGGGAGAACAUAAGCACGGGAUAGUUGGCUCCUGGCCUUAAGAGUUGAGAUUGAGAGAGAUGGCGGGGUCGGAGCAGCAGCAGAGGGCGCUUAUGCUGUUUGACACGAGGAUGAAGAAGGCGGAGAUGUUCCGGCCGCUUAUUGAGGGCAAAGUGAGCAUGUACGUCUGCGGCGUGACGCCCUACGACUUCAGCCACGCCCGCGCCUACGUCGCCUUUGACGUCCUCUACAGGAACCUCGCGACGAUCAGCACUACUUGGCGUGCUCUCAGUCAUUCGCCACGUGUCACGCUUUGGACGCUCCAUUUGGAUUUUUUUUUUCCGCACGCGUACCUGAAGUACUUGGGGUAUGAGGUUGAGUACGUGCGCAACUUCACUGAUAUCGACGACAAGAUUAUUAGACGAGCAAAUGAAGCUGGUGAAACGGCAACUAGUUUGAGUAGUCGGUUCAUCGAUGAGUUCCUGCGUGACAUGGUUGAACUUCAGUGCUUGCCUCCUACUCGCGAGCCACGUGUGACGGAGCACACUAAAGAGAUAAUAGAUUUGAUAACCAAGAUAGAGGAAAAAGGGAAAGCCUAUACUAUUGAAGGAGACGGCGUAUACUUCUCCGUCGAUAAUUUCCCUGAAUAUCUUAGUCUGUCUGGAAGGAGCUUAGACCAUAAUCUUCCAGGGUCACGAGUUGCUGUUGAUACAAGAAAGCGCAAUCCUGCAGAUUUUGCAUUAUGGAAGUCUGCUAAGGAGGGUGAGCCAUUCUGGGAAAGCCCUUGGGGCCGUGGAAGACCAGGAUGGCAUAUUGAGUGCAGUGCAAUGAGCGGGCAUUAUUUAGGCCAUGCGUUUGAUAUUCAUGGCGGAGGAAAAGACUUGAUCUUUCCACAUCAUGAGAACGAGCUCGCGCAAAGCAGAGCAGCUUAUCCUGAGAGCGAGGUCAAAUGCUGGAUGCAUAAUGGCUUUGUCAACAACAAUGGCCAGAAGAUGGCAAAAGCAGACAAAAACUUCUUCACUAUCAGAGAUAUUAUCGCUCUGUACCAUCCCAUGGCUCUAAGGCUAUUCCUGAUGCGAACACACUACAGGUCCGAUGUCAACCACUCUGAUGCAGGCCUUGAGUUUGCAUCUGGCCGUGUGUACUACAUUUAUCAGACUCUACAAGACUCUGAAGAGGUUAUAUCCUUGUACCGUGAUGAUGAGUUGGACGUCCCAGUACCAGCAGGCGAUCGGAAGGUGGUUGACGACAACCACGAGAGUUUCCUGAGACACAUGUCGAACGAUCUUCACACAACAGGCGCCCUUGAUGAGCUCAUGAAGCCAGUGAGAGCAAUGAACAACAACUUGAGUGAUCUGAAGAAAUUGCAGCAGAAACUGGAGCAGCAGCAGAAGAAAGAGCCAGAGAAGCAGCAGCAGCAGAAAAAGAAACAGCCCGAGGAGAAACAGCAGGAACAUUAGCCCCUUCCCAGUGCUUCAAGGUGUACAGGUGUUAAGGGCGCCACAUAAACAAAAAAAUGAUGUGGCAAAGCAAUUAAAGAGGAGAGAGGGCAUUAUGGUGACCACAGGAAGAAACGGUGCUAAGCACGCGGACCUAUGUAAGAAGGCUACCAACCAAUACAUGAGAGAGUUUAAUUAUUAAACAAUUCCACGUGGAAAGCUUAGCUACCCAAGCUCAGCACCUAUGCAUUGGGGAGACUAGUUGCUAAGAUUUUAAAUGUACAAGCUCUGGUUGCCUUGCACGGCGAA